CUCUCUGAACCAAUCAGAGAACUAUUUUCACAUAUAGCAAGUUAGACGAUCCCUUGGCACAUGUGAGACCGUGAUUAAGAGGAAGCUGUGUUAAGCUGUUUUUCUUAAAGACGAGUUUACAUCAUUCCUGCGACUAAACAUUUUACAACAUGAAAAAGAAGCAGACAGUAACAGAAGAGCCAGUAGAGACGCAUCCAUCUGAUUUCUCCCGUGGUGAUGAAGAGGAGCAGCUUGGUGCUCCGAAAAAACCCAAAAGGAUGAAAUCCAGUGAAGAGGAGGAGCUGGUCUACCAUCCGGUGAAACUAUCCCGGAAUGAUUUAUAUAGACCACCAACAGCCGAGGAGCUAAAUCACCUGAAAGAAGCCGAAAGUCUGUUCCACUGCAGCCUUCUUAAGAUGCAGAUGGAGGAGCUGCUGAAGGAGGUUUCCCUGAGCGAACGGAGGAAACAGCAAAUCGACUCUUUCGUUAAGACCGUCACCAAGCUGCUCGAGACUGUGCCAGUGUCACCAAAGGUUGAGGUAAGCGAUUUGUCGUGGCUGUCUGGUACAGUUGAGGUUCCUUUUCUCCUGGUGCCCAAAGCCACAAAGGGAAAGUUUCACAUGGCCCCUCCAGCAUCUGUUGAUCUGAUCGGGAGCUACCCCCUGGGCACCUGUGUUAAGCCACACAUCAAGGUGGACCUCGCGGCUACAAUCCCAGCUGAUGUUUUGCACCCAAAAGAUUUCUUAAACCAGAGGUAUCCAAGGAAGAGGGCCCUCUAUCUUGCAGGACUUGCCCAACACCUGAAAUCCUCCUCUGACGUCGGGGAGUUGCGUUAUUCCUGUCUCCAUGGGAACAGACUGAAACCGGUCCUGCUGCUCAGUCCCCCUGGCAAAGACUCUUCAAGCUUCACUGUCUGCGUUCAUGUCUGCCCGCCUCCUGGGUUCUUCAAGCCCAGCCGUUUCCACCCCCAGAGGAAUAACAUCAGGACAGAGUGGUAUACUGGACUGCAGGCUUCCCACGAUGAGAACAGCGAACCUCCGACUCCACACUACAACGGCUCUAUUUUGGGAGAUUUAUUGCCCAGGGCUCACCUCCAGUUUCUGUCCGCCAUCGGCUCCCAGUGCUCGGCUUUUUCUGAUGGGGUAGUGUUGCUGAAAGUCUGGCUUCAUCAAAGAGAGCUGGACCAGGGUACUGGUUGCUUCAAUGGAUUCCUCGCCUCCAUGCUCUUGGCCUACCUGUUGAUGAAUCACAGAAUCAGUAACACCAUGACAGCCUAUCAGCUGCUUCGAAACAGCUUGAAUUUCCUAGCCUCCACGGACCUGACUGUGAGCGGGAUAAGCCUAGCCAAGGAUCCUGACUCCACAGCUCCAUCUCUUGCUGAGUUCCACAACGCUUUCCAGGUUGUGUUUGUUGACCCGUCAGGACAUCUUAACAUGUGUGCAGACAUGACCGCGGCCACUUAUAAACAGCUGCAGCACGAGGCGUCUGUUUCAAUGCAGUUCUGGGACGACCCAACGGUGGACGGCUUCCACUGCCUCCUCAUGACUCCCAAACCAAUGAUCAGGACGAGCGACUGUGUCUUCCAGUUAUGUGACUUGGUGAAGCUCCAGGCUAGCUGUAAGAAACAGAACCUGCUCAGUGAGUUAAUGGACCACAGUGGGAAUUAUGUCCAGACUGUGCUGCCGUUUCUUCUGGCGCUGCUCCAACAAGGACUCAACCAAAGGAUUCGCCUCCUCACCCACUCCCUGUCUCCUGACCCAGAGUGGUCCGUGGAGACAGAAACGCCAAAGUACAAGACUCAGCCUCCCCUUUCCUUUGGUUUGCUCUUGAAUCCAGAGCUAGCAGCUUCUGUCCUGGAAAAAGGGCCACCUGCAGACAGCCCCAAGGCGGCCGAGUUCCGUCAGCUGUGGGGUUCUCGCUCCGAGCUGCGUCGCUUCCAGGAUGGCGCCAUCACAGAGGCGGUGCUGUGGGACGGAAAGAGCGCGUACCAAAAGAGGCUGGUCCCCAAACAGAUCAUCACACACUUGCUGCAGCUACACGCAGGUAUCCCAGAGUCCUGUGUGCGUUUUGUCGGGACCAUGAUAGAUGACGUCAUCACAACAGGAAAUGAGGUGCCUAGUACUGGGGAAGAGGAGAGUUUAGUCGUUGUGCAGUCGUACGAUGAUCUGAGCAGAAAAUUGUGGAAACUGGAAGGUCUGCCACUUUCUGUUACUGCAGUCCAGGGAGCCCACCCUGCCCUUAGAUACACACAGGUUUUUCCUCCAGAGCCAGUGAGGCUGGACUAUUCCUUCUUUGAGCGAGAAAAGACUUGUAGGUUCUUGGUGCCAAAGGAAAGCAAACCUUGUCCACAUUAUCUCACGCCCAUAAGAGUUAUUUGUCACAUGGAGGGGAGUGGCAAAUGGCCUCAUGACCGAACUGCAAUCCGCCACAUCCGAGCUGCUUUCCACAUCAGCCUGGCAGAGAUGCUGAAGAAGCACCACAACUAUACCUGCUCGCCCUGUCCCACUCACUUAGAUGUGUGGAAGGAUGGUUUGGUGUUCCGGAUCCAGGUGGCGUACCACCGUGAGCCUCAGGUGCUGAGGGAGAGUGUGAAUGCUGAAGGCCUGCUGGUUGUCAGGGACAAUGAGGAGGCUCAGGUUCUGGAGAUGGCCACUAUUCACAAGCCUCUCCUUACAAGCACAUUGCAUGGUCUCCAGCAGCAGCAGCCAUGUUUUGGAGCCGUGUGUCGCCUGGCUAAGCGCUGGCUCGCGGCUCAGCUCUUCAGCGAAGACAUCACAGAGGACACGGCGGAUCUGCUGGUGGCUUCGCUUUUCCUGCAGCCUGCCCCCUUUACUCCUCCAGGCUCUCCGCAGGCGGGUUUCCUCCGAUUCCUUCGUUUGCUCUCCUCCUUUGAUUGGAGGAACAACCCGCUGGUAGUCAACCUCAACAAGCAGCUCACAGCCACAGAGUACACAGAGAUCAAGAACGACUUCAUGGCCUCCAGAGAGUCUCUGCCCGUCAUGUUUAUAGCAACGCCUCAAGACAAAAAGAUGUCUUUGUGGACCAGACGGGCACCCAGCGUGCAGAUGCUUCAGCGCGUGAUGGCAGUGGCUGCUGAAAGCCUAAAAGUGCUGGAACAUCAGCUAAUGGAUGGCAGCCAGAUCCAAGAUGUCAGGGUUAUUAUGCGUCCUCCACUUGAUGCCUAUGAUGUCUUGAUUUACCUGAACCCGAAGCAGGUUCCUCUGCUCAGACACGCUGUGGACGCUCCAGCUGUCACCUUCAGCAGGGGGGUGAUGACUGACGGUGCAGAUCAGGCUGGAGGAGUGUUCCCUGUCGUCGACUAUAACCCCGUGUCUCUCUACCUGACAGAGCUCAGAGAGGCAUUUGGAGACCUGGCCCUGUUCUUCUGUGAUCCAUAUGGUGGAACAGUGAUCUCAGUCUUAUGGAAACCUAAGGCUUUUGUCCCCGCACCUUUCAAAACGUCGCAUAUGGCUGCCCGCAGCGUGGAGGUGACGGGGGACGAGGUGAAGACCAUUCCCAAUGUUGAAGCGAUCCUGGAAGACUUCCGUGUGAUGGGGAAGGGCUUGGUGAAAUCAGUGGAAGCAAGAACUGAGAAAUGGAUGUUUUAGACUGAUGCGCCACUUUUUCUUUGUUUUCUUUUUGAAUAUCUUUUCUAAUCAUGGCAUUUCAUGAAAAGGAAGAUUUAGAGCAAUCCCAGCAACACAUGAGUGAACUUUGUCUCCUUAGCAGCCGAUGUAGUAAUUCUGUUUCUCAGAAAGACAACAUACCUGCUUGUUUUUGUAAGGCACGUUUUAAUAAAUGUAUGUCAACCUUUUGGCUUUAAA